AUGCCAGAACUCUACCGUGACCCCUGGGCGAAGCGCGAGGCGUGGCGCAAGCACCCCCUCUUCUCCAUGCGCUACUACGCGCGCAACAUGUUCCCCGGCCUUGGCCUCGGUGCCACCGCUUUUGCCAUCUACCUUGCCUACGGCAUGUUCAAGCCCCAGCAGCCGGCGCACCACUGA